CGCCACCGGGGCCUGCCCGGGGUGGGAGAGGAGGAGGAGGAGGAGGAAGAGGAGGGACUCCGCAGCGGCAACAACUGACGUGUCCCCGCCAUGGAGCUCGGCGUGAUUCAUCAGCGGCGGCGGGGCGGCAGCGGGAUGCCGCGCUCCGCUCCCGCGUAGGCACUGCUGCGGCGGGGGCAGCCCCGGCACCGCUCUGCCGCCCGCAUCGCCCUCCUCCUGCUCCUCCUGCUCGCCGCCUGCUUCUCUUCCCCCGCGGCUAGGCGAAGAUCCCGAGGGAGGCAAGAUGGAAGAAAUCCUGCGAAAGCUGCAGAAGGAGGCGUCGGGGAGCAAGCACAGGGCCAUCAAGGAGAGCUGCACCUGGGCCAUCGAAACCUUGGAUUCUCCUGAUGCUGCUAUCAAGAUACCUCCAUAUCAGCUAAGGGAGAAGUGUCUUCUUCCUCUUCAACUGGCUCUGGAAUCCAAGAGCAUGAAGCUGGCUCAACAGGCUCUAGCAGGCAUGCAGAAGCUGCUGUCUGAUGAGAGGUUUGUAUCCGUGGAAACAGACUCAGAUGAGAAACAGUUGCUUAAUCAGAUGCUGAAUGCCGUCAAAGUGACUCCUUCACUCAAUGAAGACCUGCAAGUUGAAGUGAUGAAGGUCCUGCUCUGUAUAACAUAUACCUCUACAUUUGAACUGAAUGGGAGUUCAGUGCUGAAGAUUGCUGAGGUUUGCAUUGAGACAUAUGUAUCUAGCUGUCACCAGCGGAGCAUUAACACCGCUGUGCGGGCAACCCUCAGCCAAAUGUUGAGUGACUUGACUUUACAGUUACGACAAAAGCAAGAAAACAUGACGAUUGAAAACCAUGACACCCUGCAAAAAUUCAAGAGUCAAGGUACUUCGGUGGAGUCUCUUUGUGAUGAUGUUGUAUCUGUCCUCACUGUGCUCUGUGAGAAGCUCCAGGCUGUCAUAAAUGACAAUCGGCAACUUCAGCUUCUUUACUUGGAGUGCAUCCUUUCCAUGUUAAACAGCUCCUCUCCCAGCAUGCACCAGCACAAAGGAUUCACUGAUCUAAUAUGGAAGCAACUGUGUCCAGCCCUAGUAGUAAUCUUGGGAAAUCCAAUCCAUGACAAAACUAUCACCUCUGCCCACAGCAGCAUCUGUCUUGAGGCUGAUUCACCUUCCUCAGGGAUCUCUGAUCAUGGCCGAGGUUCAGGUUGUUCCUCCACAGCACCUGCCCUUAGUGGGCCUGUUGCACGGACCAUAUAUUAUAUUGCAGCAGAACUAGUUCGACUGAUGGGGUCAGUGGAAUCAAUGAAGCCUGUGCUACAGUCUCUGUAUCACCGGAUUUUGCUUUACCCUCCGCCUCAACAUCGAGUAGAAGCCAUCAAAAUUAUGAAAGAGAUACUUGGCAGUCCUCGUCACCUUUGUGAUUUGGCAGGGCCCUGCUCUUCUGAGUCAGAAUCCAAGAAGAGGUCUAUUUCUAAAAGGAAGUCCCAUCUGGAUCUUCUCAAGCUUAUCAUGGACGGGAUGACGGAAGCAUGCAUCAAAGGUGGUAUUGAAGCAUGCUAUGCUUCAGUGUCCUGCGUCUUUGCCCUGCUUGGAGCAUUAGAUGAGCUGAGCCAAGGGAGGGGUCUUAGUGAAGAGCAGGUCCAGCUGCUACUCCAGCGCUUAGAAGAAUUGAAGGAUGGGACUGAGACGAGCAGGGACUCCAUGGAGAUCAAUGAUGCUGACUUCAGGUGGCAGAGGCGCAUCCUGUCCUCAGAAAAUCCUACCUGGGAAUCAGGAAAUGAGAAGAGUCCUGAUAUUAGCAUUAGCGUUACCACAGACACUGGUCAGACUACUUUGGAAGGGGAUAUGGGACAGACGACUCCAGAGGAUAAUCCAGAAAGUCAAAAAAACUCACUGCCAUCUCCAGCUGGACAUGAAAGCAAAGAGAUUCAUUAUAGAGAACCAGAGUCAGAAACCAUUGACCAACCAGAUGUUGUUCAAAGAAGCCACACCAUAGUCUAUCCAGAUAUAACUAAUUUCUUAUCAGUUGAUUGCAAGACCCGAUCAUAUGGAUCUAGAUACAGUGAAAGUAACUUCAGUGUAGAUGACCAGGACCUUUCUAGGACUGAGUUUGAUUCAUGUGAUCAGUAUUCUAUGGCAGCAGAAAAGGAUUCAGGCAGGUCUGAUGUCUCAGACAUAGGCUCUGACAAUUGCUCCCUGGCUGAUGAGGAGCAGACACCACGGGAUUGUUCGGGUCACAGGUCCUUACGUACUGCUGCUCUCUCUCUCAAAUUGCUGAAAAGCCAAGAAGCGGACCAACACAGUGCACGGCUGUUUAUCCAGUCACUUGAAGCUCUCCUUCCUCGGCUUAUAGCUCUUCCCAGCAUAGAAGAAGUGGAUGGAGCGCUGCAGAGCUUCUCUUCAACAUUCUGCUCAGUUACUCACCUUAUCCACGCCCCCAAAGUGACGACAGUGGAAAGUCCGAGAAGGCAGCAGCACAGAGCUUUCAAACCCUCACGAGGUAUGAUGCACUCACCAGGAUUUGAGGGAAACCUAAAUUUCAACUUCCAGACUCUAAUGAAUGCAGACAGUCUCUAUGUGGUAUCACAUUACACUCUGCUGCUCAACCUGAAAUUGGCCAACUCCGAUUACUACAGGAAGAAGCCUGCCCAAGCCCCUGUGUUGCUGAAGGAGUUCAUGAAGCAGGUCCAGUCCAGUGGAGUGUUGAUGGUUUUUUCCCAGGCCUGGGUUGAAGAACUGUACCACCAGGUACUAGAAAGGAACAUGCUGGGGGAAGCUGGAUACUGGGGAAGCCCUGAGGAGCACAGUCUUCCACUUAUCAGCAUGCUGACUGACAUCGAUGGCUUGGGAAGCAGUGCAAUCGGUGGCCAAUUGAUGGCGUCUGCUUCAACUCAAUCUCCUCUUUCCCAAAACCGGAAGACAGAUGAUUCUGUUGUUGCAGGAGUUGCUUUUGCCCGAUACCUUUUAAUCGGCUGUUGGAAGAACUUGAUUGACACUUUGUCCACCCCACUGACCGGCCGCAUGGCAGGCAGCUCCAAGGGGCUGGCCUUCAUCUUGGGAGCAGAAGGAGCCAAGGAGCAGAACCAAAAGGAGAAGGACUCCAUCUGCGUGAGCCUGGAUGGACUGAGGAGGGCAGCCCGGCUGAGCUGUGCUCUAGGAGUUGCUGCUAACUGUGCAUCUGCUCUUGCCCAAAUGGCUGCUGCCUCCUGUGUCCAAGAAGAGAAAGAGGAAAAAGAAAUCCAAGAACCCAGUGAUGCUAUAACUCAAGUGAAACAGAAAGUGGAGCAGAAACUGGAGCAGAUGGGGAAAAUGCAGGGAGUCUGCCUGCACACUGCUCAUGUUUUGUGUAUGGAUGCAGUCCUUAAUGUGGGUCUGGAGAUGGGAAGCCACAAUCAAGACUGUUGGCCUCAUGUGUUCAGGGUAUGCGAGUACAUCAGCACUCUGGAGCACACCCACUUCAGUGAUGGUGCUUCCCAGCCCUCCCUUACCAUCACCCAGUCACAGCAGGCACCUGGAGGGCUACACCCAGACUCUGAGACUGGUGACUCUCCUCAGGCACUCACCCCGGAGCAGGAGACCACCCUGAGCAACCACCCUGUCAUUCAGCCAGUUUCUAUCCAGGAUCUCAUCAAGGACAACAGUAAGGGCAGAGCUUUUGAGUUCCGUGGAGGCAGUCUGCUGUGUGGGACCAGUGCUGCCAAGGCUGUUCUCACGCUCUCCACACAAGCUGACAGGCUCUUUGAAGAUGCUGCUGACAAGUUAAACUUGACGGCACUGGCAGGCUUCCUUUACCAGCUCAAGAAGGCUUCUCAGGCCCAGCUCUUCCAUUCAGUCACAGAUACAGUUGAUUACUCACUAGCAAUGCCAGGGGAAGUAAAAUCUACCCAGGACAGGAGAAGUGCACUUCACUUGUUCCGACUUGGUGAUGCCAUGCUCAGAAUUGUAAGGAGUAAAUCUCGCCCGUUGCUCCACCUCAUGCGCUGCUGGAGCCUGGUGGCACCUCACCUUGUAGAGGCUGCCUGUCAUAAGGAGAGGCAUGUGUCUCGAAAGGCUGUCUCCUUCAUCCAUGACAUCCUCACUGAAGUGCUGAUGGACUGGAAUGAGCCUUCUCACUUUCACUUUAACGAGGCGCUUUUCCGCCCCUUUGAGCGCAUCAUGCAGCUAGAGCUGUGUGAUGAGGAUGUCCAAGACCAGGUGGUCACCUCUAUAGGAGAGUUGGUGGAAAUGUGUUCUACCCAGAUCCAGUCGGGAUGGAGACCCCUAUUCAGUGCCCUGGAAACAGUGCACAGCAGCAGCAAGUCAGAGGUUAAAGAGUACCUUGUAGGAGAAUACUCUAUGGGGAAACGCCAGGCUCCGGUGUUUGAUGUCUUCGAAGCAUUUCUAAACACAGACAGCAUCCAGGUCUUUGCCAAUGCUGCCACCAGUUAUAUUAUGUGCCUUAUGAAGUUUGUCAAAGGACUGGGGGAAGUAGAUUGUAAGGAGAUGGGUGACUGUGUGCCAGGAUCAGGAUCUGCAUCUACAGACUUGUGCCUUCCUGCACUUGAUUACCUCAGGAGAUGUUCUCAGUUGUUAGCCAAAAUCUAUAAAAUGCCCUUGAAACCCAUCUUCCUCAGUGGUCGGCUAGUUAAUUUGCCCCGCAGAGUGCAGGAACAGUCAGCCAGCAGUGAGGAUGGUAUUGAAUGCAUCCUUUCUGACUUUGAUGAUGACACUGGCCUUAUCAAUGUCUGGAUUAUUCUACUGGAAGAAUUAACAACUGCCAUAUCCAACUGUCCCCGUCAACACCAGCCUCCUACUUUGGAUCUGCUCUUUGAACUGCUGAGGGACGUUGCCAAAACACCUGGACCAGGAUUUGGCAUUUACGCAGUUGUACAUCUUCUUCUUCCCACGAUGUCUCUUUGGCUCCAUCGCAGCCAUGGUGACCAUUCUUACUGGGAUGUAGCAUCCGCUAAUUUCAAGCAUGCCAUUGGCCUUUCCUGUGAACUUGUAGUGGAGCACAUUCAAAAUUUCAUACACUCAGAUAUUGGUUAUGAAAAUAUGAUCAAUACUAUGCUGAAAGAUCUUUUCAAGUUGCUGGUAGCCUGUGUAGCAGAACCAACAGAAAUUAUUUCCAGAGUUGGCUGCUCUUGUAUCAGGUACGUGUUAGUGACAGCAGGGCCUGUUUUUACUGAAGAGAUGUGGAGGCUUGCCUGUUGUGCCUUGCAGGAUGCCUUCUCUGCCACUCUGGAGCCAGUAAAGAACCUGCUGGGCUAUUUCCACAGUGGUUCUGAAAGCUUUAGUGGAGAUGCCUGUGAAGUGAAGGUGGCAGCCCCCUCCCUCUCGCCAAGCGCUGAAGCUGAAUACUGGAGAAUCAGAGCCAUGGCACAACAGGUCUUCAUGCUGGAGACUCAGUGCUCUCCAAAGACCCCUAGCAACAAGGAAGGGUUUGAACAUGCCCAGUCAUGUGUGCUCAUCAUUGACUUGCCACCAGAUAAGAAACCAAAUGGGCAUAGCCAGAGAAGUAUUCCUUUCAGGACAAUAGUGGUGAGCUUGCUGUCCCACCAAGUGCUACUCCAGAAUUUAUAUGACAUCUUACUAGAAGAAUUUGUGAAAGGCCCUUCUAACUUGGAGGAGAAAACGACAAUACAAGUACCAGAAAACAAGUUGGCUGGUUUUCUCAGGUACAUCUCCAUGCAGAACCUGGCUGUCAUCUUUGACUUAUUGCUGGACUCCUACAGAACAGCCAGAGAGUUUGACACGAGACCUGGUUUGAAGUGUUUGCUGAAAAAGGUGUCUGGCAUUAGUGGAGCUGCCAACUUGUAUCGACAGUCAGCAAUGAGCUUCAACAUCUACUUCCAUGCCUUGGUCUGUGCAAUCCUGACAAAUCAGGAGAACAUCACUGCAGAGCAAGUGAAAAAGAUCCUCUUUGAAGAUGAUGAGAGAAGCACAGACUCAUCACAGCAGUGUUCUUCAGAAGACGAAGACAUUUUUGAAGAGACUGCCCAGGUCAGUCCUCCCCGAGGGAAGGAGAAGAGGCAGUGGAGGGCUCGAAUACCAUCUCUGAGCGUGCAGCCCAUCAGCAAUGCAGACUGGGGGUGGUUAAUCAAGCGGCUUCAUAAGCUCUGCAUGGAACUCUGCAACAACUAUAUCCAGAUGCAUCUGGACCUGGAGAAUAAUGUAGAGGAGCCUCCAGUGUUCAAAGGUGACUCCUUCUUCAUUUUACCAUCUUUUUACUCAGAAACCUCCACUCCAUCGACUGGAGGGCUGUCUGGAAAGGACACGCCAUCGGAGGAUGAUCGGAGUCAAAUCAGGGACCAACUGGGAGACAGCCUGACACCUCGAGGAGGGAGUGGAGAAGUGUUGCUGCUCCCCCCACCCUUAAGUCCUAAACCAGAGAAAAAAGAGCAAACCAAGAAAAAAGAAUGGUGGGAGAGUGCUGGCAACAAGAUCUACACCAUAGCCACUGACAAAACCAUCUCCAAGCUCAUGACAGAAUACAAGAAGAGAAAGCAGCAACAGGCCAUGACAUCCUUCACCAAAGAGGUCAAAGUGGAAAAAAAAGGGGAGCUCCUGUGUUCAAGAGGGCCAGACUCACCCGUGCUCCAGCGGCCACAACAUCUUAUAGAUCAAGGUCAGAUGAGGCAUUCAUUCAGUGCUGGUCCAGAGAUCCUGAGACAAGAGAAGAGACCACGCUCAGGAUCUACAGUCAGCUCCUUGAAUAUAUCUGUUAGGGAUGCUGAGGCCCAGAUACAGGCAUGGACCAACAUGGUGCUGACAGUUCUCAACCAGAUUCAGGCCCUGCCAGAUCAAACUUUCACAGCCCUGCAACCAGCAGUGUUCCCCUGUAUCAGCCAGCUGACUUGCCAUGUGACAGAUAUCCGUGUCCGCCAGGCAGUACGGGAAUGGCUGGGAAGAGUGGGCCGAGUUUACGACAUCAUCAUUUAAACCAAGCAAUGCUCUGUUGCAAAGGGCAACAAGGUAUACAGCAAAGAAGUAUUUGGGGUUCAUUAGUUGCCUAUUUGUUGGUCAUAAAUUAAGAAACAAUGACCUUGUUGGUUUAUGUCAUCCACUUGAGAUUGUGUGUUCCUCGCUCACACUAGCAAAGGAGGCAAAACAUGAGUCUGUCCAAGUAUCUGGCAUGGCCCCAGAACACAGAAACUACCAGUAAAUCAGUCUGGUACCUGAAGGGGUGAUACAUUUCAGUACCCUUCAUUUUAAUUCAAAUUUGUGACUUGUGGGAGCCACAAGAAACUGCAGCAAACCUUCCACACUUGCAAUUAGCUGUGAAUGCAACUGUCAUGUGGAUGUCAAACCAGGUCAGUAAGCCUAUGUAACUUUAAAAAAUAACUAAAUAAAUGCAAGUCGGGGAAAAGAUGGAGCUAUAGGACAAGUAAAAAGGUGAUGCUUUUUAGGGUAGCAUUCUCCCUUCAAAAAUUAACAUGAGAGAGGAUAGGCAACUAAAGACUAUUGUAGUAACCAUAUGCAUCACUCACUAAAGAAAGUGGAAAUUUAUUUUGCUCCAAAAAGAGCCUUUGAAGUCUGGUCACAUUUGGAAUAGCUGAAGUAUUCCAGGUCUAAAACUGGUGAACCAAGCACAGACUAUUGAUUCUUUCAUUGCUCUUUCGGAGUAUUGCUUGAAGAGAAAUGGCACUGUCAAGCUGCCCUCUCUCCAGUGCUACCCUGGCUGCCUCUUCAGCUAUGCCUACAGUUGACCAUUUUUCCACAGGUUAAAUUCCCCCUAAGGGUAAAAGGGAAGUUUGUUUUGUGUUUCCUGUGAAGCUGUGAGUAAAUACCAGAGUAAAUACCAGCAUGUGCCAAUAUGCAGCAUUCAACUAAGCAGAGUAGGGAUAAAGUUUUCCAGUCUAAGCAACACUGGCUAUGAUUCUUCUGGAAGUUUUUUUGCUUAUAUAGAGCUGCUGUAGCCAGGAACACCCUUAUCACCUUUGUUAAAUGUAACCUGUCACUUCACAUUGAGCUGAAGCAAGAUGGAAAAUAGUCUGAAGGGAAGGUAUCUUUGCUGUUCCUCUCCCAUUUCUUACCUGCUGCUGUAAAUAGAAAGGGGCAUAUCCUCACAGAGGUUCAUCCCCCUCUGUGCAGCACUCCUAUAGGGACUACUGCAAUUUGCUGUUAUGAGUAAGAGGGAGGAGAAGGGGAAGGAUUGACUAUUGUGUUGUCAAACGCAUAUGUGAUGUUCCUCGCACUGGACACAGCAAAGGGUUACCUUGCUGCACAAGUUAUGUCACGGCCCCUGGGACAUUCCAUCUCGAACUCCCAUGCCACAUAAUUUGUUGAUCAGAGUUGAAAUAACUUGUUGAAAAUAAGUUGAUUUUUAAUCUUUGAGACCCCUUAAUGCUGUUCUCCCAAGACUUUUAAAAUGUGCAUACCAACUAAAUAUACAGCUUCAAUCCCUUCUCCAAAGCGUUCUAAAAAUGUCAUCUCCUUAUAUCAGGCCUGGAUUUUGCACAACUAACUGCUUUUAGCAUCUUAAACCUAGAAAAAUGGAGCCAAGAGGCUUCAGUGAACAGCCAUCACCCAAGCUGCUGUGUUUACAAAGAGUCUGCCACUAUCCUCCUGCCUUUUCCCUCUAUUGCCUAUAUUCCAUUAGACCUGUUAGACUUGUGCAGGGAAUAUUUGUCCCAUAAAUUUCUGUAGUGUCAGUCAUGCUGUUUCCCUUUCUUUCAAAACUUCUCUUUGCUAAAUUGUUUAAAGGACAUAAAAAUUCCGUAAAAACAACUCUUUCCUACCACCUAAACUGAAUUUAUAAAUGACCAACAUUUUUUUCAAUUGUCAGUUUUCCCCCAACAGUUUAAAUACUUCUUGGGGACAGGUUAGAUUAGCCUUUGGUAUCUGGGAGAGUAGUAACACAGUUUGAUUUCUGUUGCCAUGUCUUUCUUAUACAUCUUUAGGUAUAGAAAAAGAGCGGUUAUAUAUUUUGUACAAGUUUUUACUGGGCAUCUAGAUAGAACUAGUUUUAAAGCAGUACAUUAGUUAGGUAACAACAGAAAUCAGAAUAAUAGACCAUAUGCAAAACAGCUUUUCAUUAUAAAAAACCCCAAGUUUUCAUUAUAAAUUUCGUUAUAAUGUAUUUAUAAUGAAAACAAGUUCUCAUUAUAAAUGCAUUGAAUGGAUGGAGAUCCUUGUGGUACUGAUCUAAAACUAAAGAAAAUCCCUAAAUUACAUUGGGGAACUAAAAUUGGCAGCAGUACUGGUGAAAUCACUCAGGACUACAGAGGAGGCCCUAGUAUCUAGGAAACACUAUGGUUAUGUGUUCUGGUUGAAAUACAAAAUCCUUCUGUAAAACAGAAAAAAAGCUCUAGGAGUGACAAUACGACUACCACCUCCCAUGAACAGUAUAAUCUAGCGUUAUCUGAUAAGCUAUCUUGACCUAAAAUAUAAUUUCAUUUCAACUACUUACACUACAACUACCAUACUGGAAAAUGAGGAGGAGUAGAUUUGCUAUACUGCUGUUGCCCUGUUUUAAACUUUGUCCAUCAAAUUGUGCACCAAGUGCCCAUUGUCACCCUCAGUGCCUGUUCUUAUUAAAACCCCUCCAUAAGAGGUCAUGAGUAACUUUGAGUAAUUCCAGAAAUGUGAUUUAAAAGGAGGGGUGUAUGGUUUGAAGCAACAAGCUUUACAUAGCAAAAUUCAGCAUGUGCUGCUCUUCUUUAUGUGUAAAAUGAUAAGCAGGUGAGGAGAACAGCCCAGGGCCACUUCAGUAACCAUUAAUCUGAGAUGUAGGAGCCUUCUGAUGCACCUUCAAAUUAUAAACAGAUAAAAAAAUCGAGUUGGUUCAUUGGAUUCUCAGCAAUUUUUUUGGUUGUUAAGCCAUAGACAUCAGCAAGCCCCAAAGAAAUAGAACAAUAAACAUGUGAAGUUACCUUCUGACCUCAAGCUUUUAGCCCAAAGGAGGAGUCUGCCAGGACAAUCCUAGGAAAAGGUGACUGGCAUCAGCCUGUCAUAAGCUUCAGGAGAGGAUUCCCAAACAUUCCAGUCCUGUCAAGCUAUGUGUCCAUGCUACAGCAGCUUUUCUGCUUUCCAUUUGUGAGUGGGGAAGCACCUUAGUCAAUAGCACAAAGUAGCCCUUGUAUCCACAUGUGUAAGUCUCACACACCUAACCCAUUCAAAUCCUCACUUAUAGCUCUGUAACCUAAUGCAUGAGCUACAGCAGCAUCUUGGCAGCUUUACUGUGGUGGCUUGACAUCCUUCUCAGGUACCAGAGCUGCACCUCUGCUGCCAUUGCCUAAUUCACACUGCCCUCCUCAGAGCCACUGCAGCAAGCCGAGACAAGGGCAUCUCAUUUUCAAAUCUUGUAGGCAACCACUAACAGAGAAAGUUGCUGUUGUCCAGCAUCAACUACCUUUAAGCACAUGAAAUAGCUCAUCACUGCAAAUAUUUAAAGCAGACAAAAGCAGAGCACUCAUCAAGAAAGUGAUCCUUCAUAACAGAAGUGGGGUUUGACCCCAACUCACGUGGUCUCAGGCCAUUGCAUGUGUUUGCACUUUAUCCUGUACUGGGAACAGGUGCAGACAUAUGAGAUGACUGAUGCAUCUACAGAUACCUGUAGCUCCAGUCACUGUCAUAUUCUGAGCAGUCAGCGUAUUUUCAGAAAGCUGUCGUGCUGUCCAAGUGUUUAUAUCACACCUGCACUGGUUAACACAGUUACUGAGCAUUCAUCAGCCGUAGAAUUACCACCACUAUCUUUUGGUUAGCAUGCUUUCAUGUCCUUAAGAUACUAAGAUACAGAUUUAAUACUUUCCUGGGGAUAAACACUCAUGUGAGAAUAACUGACUUAAUUUAGCAUGUAGAAAGAAUUACUAGGAAAAGAUUUAGGCAAAACUUUCCUUGUACAACUCCAAGCACAGGCAACACAGUUUUUUGCCUCAUCACAGAUUAAAAAAUCGUGUCCUCUGCACUAUGGCUGGCUCAUGCCAAGGCCAAACACAGUUUACAUCUGUGACUUGUAAGGUGCUUUGCCUUUCAGAUUGAGCUUCAAGUUUUGUUUAAAACCUAAACCUUAACUGUAAAAUUCACUGACAAAUUCUCACUCGCCAAAGACAUAACUCUCACCUCUAAGUACCUUGCGUUACUGUGUGUAAUCUUCAUCUCUACUUGAUAGAGCAGCAUUUCAAUGUUGAUAUUGACACUUCAGAGCUUGGCAGCAGCACUGGCGUGAAACUGAGCAGCAAACAAACUAGCAAGUAGAGAGGUCCAACUCCAUGUGCUGCCUGCACUUUGUACCUUUCUUCACAGGUUAAGCCUACAUUCAAAGUGCCAAAGCUCUUGAAAGCAAUGGAAAUUAGGUACCUAGACAUCUUUAUUACUCAGGACUCAGUCCUCGAAUCCUUUAGUCUCAACAUACGGGUUUACAAGUUCUCAGGAAAGGGUAAGUCCUGUACAGUUCCUCGCAUCGCCCUUUCUGCUGCUGUCCUCUCUACAGCUUCUGCUUGAAAAAUCCACAGGAACCAGCAAAAAGUCCCAUGCAUCCCAGUGCUGCAAAAUUGGAACCUUCACUUUUGCACAGAUCCAGUAUUAGCAUGUAGGAGGCUGACCCAAGCAAGCUGAAGUGUUUUAUUUUUUACAUAGCUCCUCAUCUGUGUAGAAGCCUAUUGAGAAACUGGGCGUGGGGUUUGGUUUUGUCAGCUUUAGCAAUCCAUUCUAGACAUGCCAUUUUUCAGUGAUAAAUUGUUUUUAAUUCACAAAAAUAGUGAAGUGCUUUCUUUUUUUCCCCUGCUUUUUACUAAGAUCAUGUUUAAGCAAGCUACUUACUCAUCACUCCAGUUAUAGUCAUUUAUGGAAAGACCUGUGUGCAGGGCUAAUCAUGGCAUAUGACAAAAAAACACCCCAACUGUAUUUUUUAAGUGUAAAAGGACCAAGUUACCAUAGCACAGAAGCACAAAUGUUAGAUUUUAUGCAAUAUAGAUAAUAGCAUCUGGCAGCUAGUCAUCCCUCUCCGCUGAAUCUCCCUAUUUUGAGUGGAGCUUCUAUAGGGAUAUGACUAAAGGGUCUCCUACUGGCCCUCACCAGCAACAUGCCUGGGAUGCCAGGAAGUUGUACAGCUGCAAGGAAGAAGUCUUAUAUCCUCUUUUUGUUGUUUCCACUAAUCCCCCUCCGAACAUGUACUUUAUAUGGGACACUAAUACCAUACUGAACAGAUUUGGCCAAACGUGCAGUGCUGGCUAUUUAAAAAGAAAAAAUGAAAACACACAUGGCCUAAAUAUGCACCAGUCUUUUCACUUAGUGCUCAGAGGUCUCCAAGCUGAAAACUAAAAGCAAAGAGAAGAAGAAAUGCCCUAAUUCUGUGGUUAUUAGUGGAGCUGCACUUUAUGAUCCUGGAUUAAUGCAAUAAUGAGCUUGCCUGUGGAACCAGAUCCCUCAAAUUCCAAUUUUUGGCAAAAUCACAAGUUGAGGUUUGCAUAGUCUCCACUGCCACAUUGAAUCAGGGUUUAUGGAAAGCAUUUUUGGUUAAGAAACAUGGCAACAGGAUCUAUUUCAAUCCUUUUACCCCAACAUCCCACUUUUCAAAAGGUAGUUUAUGUACUUCCAUAAAUUUCAUCUAAAUACCGUGGAGCACCAGGACCCUGUUUCCUCUCCAUGCAUUUGGUCCAUCUGAGCUGAACUGAAGUGCCAUGUUUUCACAAGAAGCAAGCUGCAGUGAUAGAACUGAGCUAGCAGAGAGGCACAGGUACACAGAUUAAAGCAAGGGACAAAUAUCACCUCCACAAGCAGGCUGUGGCUCCUGAGCCACCCACUCUGCAGGGGAAGGCAGGAUUUGAUACCAAAGGGGAAACAGCCAGGAAGGGCAGAGCAUGGUGGUGACAGAGCCCUGUACUGCAUGCUGCUUGCUGGUGCAGAUGGGAGCGAGAGAUUAAAAAGUACACAGUGACAGCAGCAAGCACCUUCUUUCAGUUCUUCCCACUUUCUAUGCCUCUUUUCUCUCUCCACUUUUUAUCAUUAUUUGUGAGACUGCAAACAUACUUCUGUGGGCCCUUCAACCAGAACUGAAAGCAAGCCAAAGGGAGUGGACACUCCAUUUCACCAAAGAUCUAAGACUUUCCUGUAUUUGAAAAUUAGAAAAAUAAAAUUUUAUUUCCCUGAUGAUGGCUGCCACAGGAAGCAUUUUACCACAAAACAUGAUUCCCAGGACUUAAUCUCUCUAGCUGUAUAUUCAGGAGGAGCCAAUAAUAUUUUUUAAGAGAGACUAUAAAUCACCUUGUCAAGCAAGUGCUUACAUGGGGUUUACCUUCUGCUGAUUUGAUACCUAGCUGCAAUUCCUUGGUCUCAUCCAUGUUUCCUCCCUCUACCUUUCUGCUCUUCUUUAGAAAAACACCUCCCUGUGUCUGCUGCGUCCUGUUGUGCCGCUAGCUUUGUAUGGUCCUUGGGUGUCCAGUGGUUGGGCAGUCACUGUCAGCUGGCUUGCAAAUUGUAUUUUGUGUAUAUUUUAUUCUGAUUGAAUUCUGAAAUGGAAAUAUUUUAAAACAAAAAGUAUAAACUAUUUAUGUUGUUUGUGUUGUAGAAUAAAGAUUGAAAUGCAAAAUAAA